AUAUCGAAGGUGUGUGCUGGCUAUUUUUCUUGGAAAAGAAUCACAGUGGUCCAUAAAUAUCAAUUCGUACGUCACUUCCCAUACUCGCCCAGAUCCGAAGAUCCGAAGAUCCGAGUCAUCCAUCGUUGGUGUACGUUUCUCCUCUUACAGAGAUACAGGAACCCAUGUAGCAGGUGCACCAGGAACAUUUCAUCAACCAUCAACGCUCUCUAUAAGAGCACAUAAGAUGCUGAUGAUGGGUGAGCUAAUAGCCUUUUUCAAGUCUGUUAUCAUCAUUCUUCUGAAACUGGUAUUGCUGUUUCUGAAGAAGCGACACAGCAAGGAGCAGAACCUAUCGGAAAAUGACACCACCAACGACUCAGGAUUCGGAUCACACAGCCCUUCAAGCCGUGAAGAUGAAGCAUUUGACCUGUCCUCUGAAUUGGAUGCUGAGAUUGGCAGACUCCGUACAGAAAACAAGGCCCUCCGGGAUAUAAUGUCCAAGGAACAUCACGGGCCACGAAGCGACUUUAAUCGAAAUGCAGUGAAGAGUUUGUGUAGCCGAAGGGGGACCAGUUUAACUGACAUGUCACAUCAUGUGGACUUUGUGACCAGUACCCCUCGGUCACCGGCACCUGACGUCGCCGUACACGACGUCGUAUGCCAGAAGCUGAUGCUAAAACUACAACUGGAGAGGGAAGAGAAUGACCGACUUCAGAAUUACAUCAACGACAUUAUGUACAUGGUACUUGAAAACAGACAGAGCUUAUUAGAAAAAUGAAAAAUCACACCAAUGCGUGUUUGCUAUACGUUGUCCAACUAAAUAAUAAACGUUUGUUUGUUUUGUUUGUUGUUUAACGCUGGAAUAAUAAAU